AAGUCAGUUAGAAGACACCGUAGACGCGCGUCAUCGGGUGGCGCCAGCUACUCCUCUUCUCCCCUCCUUUGCCUUCCCCUCCCCCUGCCCGGAAAGGAGGUCGGAGGCCGCAGGCGAGGGGGGCGGUGUCUCCUUUCUGUACACGCGACACUAAGCGACUCAGGGGGAAAGCUGGGGCUGCUACAGCGGUAGCUGCAGCCUCGUCCAUCGCCGCCCCUGGGGCCCGUGGGCGCACCCAUCACCCCCACAUAACUUUAACAUUAAAAGUAAUAUUGAUGUACUUUGAAUAAUGGGAAGAAGCUAUAUAGUAGAAGAGGCAGUUGGACGAUACCUUUUAAACUUCAACAACCAAGAAAAAGCUUUUGUCUCUGGUCUUUUGAUAGGACAGUGUUCCUCACAAAGGGAUUAUGUAGUUCUUGCCACUAGAACACCACCCAGAGAAGAGCAGAAUGAAGACACAAGAUCUUCUCAAUCACAUCUGGAUGACUUCGAUGAAGAAUGGAUUACAGCACAUGCCAAUCAGGUAUCUAGAAUGUUACCAGGAGGUUUAUUGGUUCUUGGAAUAUUUAUUAUUACUACUCCAGAUCUUGGGAAAGAUGUUCAGACAGCCCUUCGCAGGCUCGUGUUUGCUGUGGAAAAAUCUAUAACUAAAAAGAGACUAUGGAAUCUCACAGAAGAUGACAUCUCAGACCGGGUCACACUUCAUGUCUGCUCAUCUACAAAAAAAAUACUUUGUCGUACUUAUGAUAUCCGAGACCCAAAGAGUUCAGCAAAACCUGCAGACUGGAAAUAUCAAAAUGGACUAUCUAAUUCAUGGCUUUCUUUAGAUUGCACAAUUCAUGUUAACAUUCAUGUCCCACUUUCAUCUACAACUGCCAGCUAUUCGCUGGAGAAAAAUACAAAGAAUGGACUUUCACGCUGGGCCAAGCAAAUUGAAGGUGGUGUGUAUUUGAUCAAUGGACAAGUUAAAGAGGAAGAUUGUGAACUCCUGGAAGGACAGAAAAAGUCUUCCAGAGGAAAUACUCAAACUACUAGUCAAACUUUUGAUGUCAGGGUUCUAACACAUUUGCUCCUCAAUUCAAAUCACAGAUCAACAGCUACAGUCCAAGUCUGCAGUGGUUCUGUAAACCUCAGGGGUUCUGUAACAUGUAGAGCUUAUAUUCACAGCAACAAACCCAAGGUUAAAGAUGCUGUUCAGGCAUUAAAAAGAGAUAUAUUGAACACAGUGUCUGAUCGUUGUGAGAUACUUUUUGAAGAUCUUCUUAUGAAUGAAAUACCAAGCAAAAAAGAGUCUGAAAAAGAAUUCCAUGCUCUGCCACACCGAAUAUUUGUCUCUAUUCCUGGCUCCAGUGUAAUGUUGUGUGAUUAUAAAUUUGGAGAUGAGUCGACUAGGGAAAUUCAGGACCGUUUUAUGGAAUUGUUGGAUCAGCAAGUUGGAAUAGAUGACUUAGAAAUUGCGGAGGAUAUCACAGCCAGUAUAAAUUCAUGCAUGAAAAGAGAAGACAUACCAGACAACACAUACGAUGAUCAACCAAAGCAUCUGGUUAAAACUACAGUGGCAUUGAGAAUUAAGCAAAACAUAGGUGUGGUGAUAGCAGCUGUGGUGGCACUCUUUGCUGCAGGCUUUUCCUUUCAUUACUUCAGUGACUAAUCUUCCACUCAAGGAGUUUCCACUCAUUGUGGGAACACUGACCAGUAAUGAGGGACUGAUCCUGGAGAUACGAGCAAGAGCCUGGAACUUGCAGAAUAACAGCUAAAUCUGUUUCCAUAAAUGGCUAAGAGGUGUACCUCUGACUUAUAAAACAAGCUGCCUUGUGUAGGCAUGCCAUAAUUUAGAUAGAACAGAUUUCCAAAAAUAAAGCAACUCAUUUAGCUUCAAAUUUAAGUUACAUGUAAUAUAAGAUUAUUAAUCAUAAAAAAAACCCCAUAAAGAAUAAAAACGGGUACAGCAACAAUGUGUAGUGAACGAACUAUUGACCUUAUAAUCAGAAGACUUGGGUUUGAGUUCUGCUUCUCUCGUUUAUUAUCUGGAGAACUUUGACAAAUCAUUUUAACUUCUACGAGUUUUAGUUUCCUCAUUUGUAAAUGGGGAUAAUACUACCUACCUCACAGGGUUGUUGUGAGGGUCUGAAGAAAUACAUAAAAAGUGCUUAAGAUGAGAAAGUACUAUAUCCAGGUGAGCCAUUAUUUAUUGUCUUUUUUAAUUGUGACAUAAAUCAGGGUGUAUGAAAAUCUGAAAAGGAUGCCUCAUGUUCCUUGUAGAGGAGAAUGAUUGGGCAGAUCAUACAGUUCCCAAAUAGGCUGACACUUUGGGCCCUCUAUAGUAGGCAAAUAGAAUGGUCCAAAUGAAACACAUGGGGAUCAAGACCAUGUAGAUGCUCAGUAUCUUUUGUUAGUAUAUUGAAAUUAUCUUUUUAGACAUCAUUGAUGAAAAAAAUUGUCUGUUUAUUGUGUCUUGCUUGAGAAUUAUAGGCCUUUAAAAAAGGAUUAGGCUUUCAAUUAGAAAACUGCAUCAACGUGACAGAAAACCAGUUGAUACAAAUAUCAAGUAUACAAGAAUACUGUAAACUUGUAUUCUUAUUGGGAAAAAUUGGGUAGAAAUAUUAAAUAAUGCCCAGAUAUAGUCCAUGGAUCCUGUGUAUGUAUAUCAAAGGAUAAUAGAAAUGACUAUUGUCAUUGUCAUUAUGUAACUUAACUCACAUGUAUGUGCUUAGCAUCUUGCAUAAAAGCUUAUAAAGCAUUGAUGGGAACCCAAGGUACCCUGUUUCUCUCUACAAUUUUAUCAGAUAUGUUAUUAACCUUAUUACAAUGUGUUGGUAUUGUUUCUCUGAAGUAUUCUGAACAAAUGCUAUUCCCCUCUAUUGCAGAUAAAGAAGCUCAGGCUUAACUUGUCUUUAUCUUAUCUUCAUGCCCCAGACGUUUUCUUCUUUUUUGUAUUAAUACUCUAGAAUUACAGAAUGUCUUGGGAAUUGAAGCAAAUAUGACAAACAAAUGUUAAUAAAGUAUUGGCUAAUUGAACCUAUGCACAAUGAAUUAAGAUAUGCUGUAAUGGACUCUUAAAUCCAUUAAAUCACUAUAUAACUUAAUGGUCAGUCAAAAGUUCACUUGUAGAAAUUUAAUAGGAAAAAAAAUAUUCUUAGUUUCGAUUGCCUUGGAUGUUCAGUUUAGCAAUAAGACCUUUUGUUUAUAAAUUUGUAGAGUGACAGUGAUAAGAAUGGAAGGAGUUUAAUCCUGAAUUAGAGUCUAUUUUAGACUAAUCCUAUUUAGUUCCCUGGGUCUGUAGCUUGUCCUUAUGAUAAGAGUUCUGAAUGGGAAUAUGCUUAGAUACCAGGCAUAAAAACUAAACUAAAAUUACUUAAAUUAUUUUAAAGAAUUUUUUUUUAAUCUUUGGUAAUGAAUAUUUAAUAUUUUGCAUCUGUCAAGGAGCUAGUUACUGGCCAUUAAUUUCUGGAUUCUGGGUCCACUGCAAAGAACAGUGGAUUGGGAUUUAGUAAAACUAAAUUUUUCUUCCUAACUACUAAACCAGUUGUGUGAUCUUGGGUCAAUGCUUUUUUAAGCAUGAGCUUUAUUACCUGUAAAGUGUGGAAAUUAAACUACAUAACCUCUUAGGUCCUUUUUAGCACUAAUUGUAGUUUAUAUUGUUUAUCCUUGAUUUCAUUGUUAUGAAAAAUUGGAAAUUUCUUAAUAUCAUUGAGCCUCAACUUCUUUAUAAAAUGGGGAUAAUAAUUGCUUUAUAUACCUCACAAAAAUGAUUGUGAGGAUCAGUUGAUAAGAUGUAUACAAGUGCUUUGUAAUAGUAAAGCUAUAUAAAUGUAAACUAUUCUUGAUUUGCACAGCAAUAGAGAAAAGACUUGCUAAAUAUAUGCAUCCCUUCUCUUAAGAUGAUAUUAGAAUUGUCAGUUCUAUUGAUAAUCAUCUUCAAUGAAAAUUGUAUGAGGCUUAAGUAGAAGAUAUGGUUCAAGUCAAUUAUACAUUUUAAAUAAUAUUUUAGACAUUUAGUCUCAAGGCCAAAUGUAUGGGCACAUUUAAGUGAAAUGCUGCUUUAAACACUUGAUUAUCAGUCAUUUGACAAAAUUAUAAUAUUUAAUCAAGUAUAACAGAGCUAUUAAAAAACUUGUGCUUUAGCAAACUAGGUUUUUGUUUUAGAUUUAGAAAGUAUAUUAAUGGAAAUGUAGUACAGGUAAAAGCCACUGGAUUUGAAGUCAUAGAUCCUAAAGUUAAGUUCUAACUACCACUUAUUAGUUAUGAAACUUUAGAUUUCUCUGGGCCUUAGUUAUAUUCUCAGUAAAAAUAGUAAAAUCAGUAAAAAAAAUUUUAAAGCAUCUCCCAGUUCUCCACUUAGACCUUGGUCAUUCAAUUUACAAAUAAAACAGCCAUUUGCUCCAAUCUUGAUAUUCCUCAGAUAUAGACCAUUUGAUUUGCCAUAACUAUACCACUGUCUUCCAAUGAAUGCCUUAAAAAAAACCCAAAAACAAAGUUUCUGGUUUUGUGAUAGUAUUCUAAAACCAAAGUUUAAGUAAUCUAAAGAUUAGGGGAUGAAAGAUAGAAAAUAAAAAAACUGUCCUUUUGGUUGGAAAUACCGAGAAACAGAAUCUGUGUACAUAGCAAAAAUUUCCUAAG